AUGGAUCCAGACGCAUUAGCAAAGGCAUUUGUUGAGCACUACUACUCCAUGUUCGAUUCGAACAGAGGUGGAUUAGCGAGUCUGUAUCAAGACGGUUCGAUGCUGACUUUUGAAGGUCAAAAGAUCCAGGGAUCCCAGAAUAUUGUCGCCAAACUUACUUCUCUUCCUUUCCAGCAGUGCCAGCAUAGCAUCACCACCGUUGAUUGCCAACCUUCUGGUCCUACUGGUGGCAUGCUUGUUUUUGUCUCCGGUAAUCUCCAGCUCGCCGGCGAGCAGCACGCUCUCAAGUUCAGCCAGAUGUUCCAUUUGAUGCCAACACCACAGGGAAGCUUUUACGUGUACAAUGACAUAUUCAGGUUGAACUAUGCUUGA